AUGGCCUUUUUUUGUGAUAGAGUGCUUUAUCUCUUCUGCUUUACAGCACAGGUGUUCACGUUAGCCUGGUCCCAAGCUUGUCCUCGAAGAUGCCAGUGCGCAGAGGAGCCCCCGAUGUGUCCCCCCGGUGUGCCCCUCAUUCUCGACGACUGUGCCUGCUGCCUCGUGUGCGCUCGCCAGAAAGGUCAGGUGUGUUCGGAAAUGAACCCCUGUGACACACGUAAAGGUCUGCAGUGCGACUACGCCUCCGAUGACCACAAGAAGACUGGUGUAUGUGUGGUUCAAGAAGGACACGUAUGUCUUCUGGACGGGGUGGUCUACAAGAACGGCGAGACCUUCUUCCCCAGCUGCAAGCACCAGUGCUUGUGCCGUGACGGGCAGAUCGCUUGUAUACCGCGCUGUAAUGUGGACGUCAUGCUGCCUGGUCCUGACUGCCCUAUGCCAAGGAGGGUGCAGGUCCCUGGGGAGUGCUGCGAGAAGUGGGUGUGUGAGUCCCAGGCAGAAGCCAGUGCACUGGGGGGCUUUGCUAUGGCAGCCUUUCGUCAAGAGGAAACUGUGAGCUUUGAUUCCUGGGACCCCAGUCUGAACUGUAUUGAACAGACAACGGAAUGGGGGGCUUGUUCUCAAACCUGCGGCAUGGGAGUGUCCACCAGGGUUACCAACAAGAAUCGCCAUUGUGAGUUGGUGAAGCAGAUCCGCCUGUGCAUGGUCAGACCCUGUGAGGACCAGCAGGCCCAGACAGCUCUCACACUGACAAAUAGAGGCAGUAAAUGCCAGAGGAUGGUGAGGAGCAACACAGCCGUCCACCUUUCCUAUAAGAACUGCACCAGUGUGCACACCUACAAGCCUCGCUACUGUGGCUCCUGCACGGAUGGACGCUGCUGCACCCCCCACAGAACCAAGACUGCCUUGGUGGAGUUCACGUGUCCAGGCAGUAAAACCAGCAAGAGGCCAGUCAUGGUGAUCCUGACCUGUGCAUGCCACAAUAACUGCCCACGGGACAACACGGUGUGGCAGCCUUCAGAGCUGGCCUACGGUGGCAUGAAGUGAUAGGUCAGCCAUAAGCGAGUGCCUGUUUGUCAAUGCAAAUAUGUUCAUUUGAGUUGGAUAGCGCGACCAGUGCUCAUCCAACAACUUUUUAACAUGAGUUGCAUCAACUCCAAACUUCAGUGAACACUUAAUCCGUCCACUUUUGUUGUAUAUAAUAGUUCUUAUAGGUCAGAUUUAUGCUUGACGACACGUGGAAGCUGUUGUGCACAAAUUAGAGUCUAUUAUUCUUUUUAGAAUUAAAGCACUUAAACCUUAGGAGACAAAGACGCUCUCCUCCUUUGGAGAUCAGUUAGAGAAUACUUUGUAAUUAUUAUGGACCCAGAAAGGAUUAGCGCCGAUAAACUGAACUCCAAGUACAUUCUUGAAAGUACUGUUGUUAUACCAUUGAAUUGUGACAAAAAGCUUCAUUUGAAGACCACGGCUGUGAAAACAGAGUUUCAGGUGUGCCUUAAAACCUUAACACUUGUUGUAAUAGUUUAUAUCACUGGAAGGGUUCAAAUGAUAGCUUGCAGUGGACAGUUUCCAAGUAAGGGAUGCAUUUUUUAAAUAACUGGGCUGUGCUCCACGACCUGGCUCUAAAAAAAGGGCUUAACCUUUGAUCAGAGGUCAUUAUUGGGACU